UCGGCAAGGUUUGUUUAUCAAGUUAGAAUUCAACAACUUUCAAUAUUUUGUUGAAAAUGUCGUCGGUUGUUGCUCGUGCGUUAAAUUCUUCCAAGAGGAUUAAAAUUAAACCGAUCGUGUCUUCUAAUCCCGACCAAGCUAAACGCCGGGUGUUAACGCUUUAUAAACAAUGGUUUCGUGCAGUUCCAUUGAUAAUAAGAACAUACCAACUGCCAUACCCUGUUGAAACUGUACAAGCAAAAAUUAAAGAAAACUUCAUGAAAAAUUCUCAUGUCCGCGAUGUGAGGGCAAUCGACAUUUUAAUUAUCAAGGGUGAAAUGGACCUCCAGGAAACUUUGCUCAACUGGAAGCAAGAUUGCCACGUUCGAGAUUAUUUCGAACACCCGACCAAGAUCCAAGAACCAACCGAUUUUCUUGGAAAAUUUUUGACCCAAAAACAUUAAUUUUCAAAACAUUUCUUAUCUAUGCGUCGUGAAUAAAUUUAUUGGAACAAAAAUUCAUGUAUUAAUAUAUGGGUCAAUAAACACACCCCCGCGCUCACAUUC